CUAUCAAACCACAAGUCAACUCAAUUCUCAUACUCUUGCUUUCAAAACACUAAACACAUUCCAAUAAAAAAUCAAGCUCAACAAAUUACCAAAAAUGGAAACUGUAGUGGAAGGUGAAGAGUACAAGUGGACUGAAGUGAAGCUUCCUUCUAUCCACCCUGAGCCCGAAUCCGAGUCAGAGCCCGAGUCCGAGCCUGAACUCGAAAGAGGAACGGCUGAACGUCGACGUGGAAGAGACAUAGUUAUAGCUAUAGAUCAUGGUCCUAAUAGCAAGCAUGCUUUUGAUUGGGCCAUUGCUCAUCUCUGUCGUCUUGCCGACACCAUCUAUCUUGUCCAUGCUGUUUCCGACUUGAAAAACGAGAUUGUGUAUGUGGCAACGCAAGGGCUUAUGGAGAAGCUUGCUUUGGAAGCUAUGGAGGUUGCCAUGGUGAAAACAAAAGCUCGCAUUGUGGAGGGAGAUGCAGGUAAAGCAAUCUGCAACGAGGCGGAAAGGAUAAAACCUGCAGCUGUGGUUAUGGGCACCAGAGGCCGAAGCUUAAUUCAAAGUGUUGUGCAGGGAAGCGUGAGUGAGCAUUGUUUCCACCAUUGUAAAUCAGCUCCGCUUAUAAUUGUUCCUGGAAUAGAAGCUGGUGAAGAAUCUGUAAUCUAAUUGAAUCAUGAGAAGAAUGGAACACCGGAACGUUGAAUCUGUUUGAGAGUAGUAAGUUGUGGUGUCUGCUCUGUUUCUUGUGAUGAUGACUUGUUUGUGGUGGCUGUGUUGCCCCUUGUAACGAUGAGUGCUUAAAUUUGAGUCGUUUUGAAUUUUACCACCAUACUUAAGAUUUAACGAGUUGCGGGGGCUGGUUUGUGUCUUGUAAAUGAUGAUUGCUGUUUGCUUUGUGUCUUUUAAUCAAUGAUGGCUGUUUGCUUUG